AUGGUAGAUGAGCUGCACAAUUCGGAGGAGUCUGCGUGGGCCCCAGAUGAGGUCGAGAAGAUAGUCGUGGAGACGCUGGACGGGCACCUGAAGGAGCAGCAGUACGAUCAGGAGCAGGUGCCGCACUGGAUAAAUCACAUCUGCGAGACCGUUAUGGCAAAGUUGAGCGAGACCAAGGAUAAAGCCUUACAAGUACGUUGUCACAUGUGCCAUUAUGCAGCGGAAUGGUGCGGGCAUACACAGUGCAACUUCUUGUUAUUGGGACGCUGGAACGGACGCGUUCUUGACUUACGUGUGGCCCCGUGA